CAUCAGGCGGAACGUAUCUGUGAAUUUUAUGUUGUGGGGGGGUUGUGCUUUUUCUCAUUCGAAGACGUAGUUCCGGUUAUUCUGGUCCGGUCCUGAAAUCUUUCCUCCCGCACAAAGAGGCUAAUGGCAACAAUGAUCGAGGAAAAUGGCCCGUCGACUCGUGAACAGUCUGCAAUCUCAUCAUUGCAAGUGAGACAUAAAUUGGAGGGACUUCUAAACAAGAACAUGAGAAUCCGCAUGACAGAUGGAAGGACCUUGGUGGGACUUUUCCUUUGUACAGACCGGGACUGCAACGUCAUCCUCGGCUCUGCUCAGGAAUUCCUCAAAUCUACAGAUACCUUCUCUCAGGGUGAACCCCGAGUGCUGGGCUUAGCAAUGAUCCCUGGUCAUCAUGUGGUGUCGAUCGAGGUGGAGGCAGACAGUUUAGAGGACACGCAAGGUUUUGGUGUGAACCAUUGAUGACGGUUAAAUAUCUAACCGUCUCAAAGAGACUUGACUGAGGAUCAACUAUAUUUCUAUUGACGUUAAACCCAAACCUUUGCAUCAUUUCUGUGUUUGUGUACAUACAAGAUGUUUUUGGAAAUCCUCCCAUAUUUUGCAGAUGACGUGAAAUAAAAAUUUGAACUAUAAUGUGAUAAA